AUGAGGUCAUCCACACCAUUAGUAGCGUGCGUCAGAAUCCAUCCAAUCCGAUCCCCCAAGUCACUAGUGGCCCAUCCCGUCUCUGUCCGCCCCCCAAUCUCAGCCAUUUCUCUGUCCUCACUCUCCGCCCACAAACCUUCAGCUCAACAGCACCAGAGGCGGAGACUUCUGAAUUUUCCGACUCCUCCUGCAACAGCAUGGCGCUCCCGGUCGUUGACGCCGAUUACCUCAAAAAGAUCGACAAGGCCCGCCGCGACCUCCGCGCUCUCAUCGCCUACAAGAACUGCGCCCCGAUUAUGCUCCGUCUGGCGUGGCACGACGCCGGGACAUACGAUAAGAGCACGAGGACCGGCGGGCCGAAUGGCUCCAUAAGGAACGACGAGGAGCUGGCUCACGGUGCCAACAGUGGACUGAAAAUCGCUCUCGGUUUCUGCGAGGAAGUGAAGGCCAAGCAUCCGAAGAUUACUUACGCCGACCUUUUCCAGCUUGCUGGUGUAGUUGCAGUUGAGGUAACUGGAGGUCCAACCAUCGACUUUGUCCCCGGUAGGAAGGAUUCAAAAGUUUCCCCCAAGGAAGGGCGACUUCCGGAUGCCAAACAAGGUUCGCCACAUUUGAAGGAUGUAUUCUACAGGAUGGGUCUCUCCGACAAGGAAAUUGUGGCACUAUCAGGUGGCCAUACUCUGGGAAGGGCACAUCCAGAGAGGUCAGGCUUCGAUGGCCCUUGGACCAAGGAACCCCUGAAGUUUGAUAACUCAUACUUCGUGGAGCUGCUGAAAGGUGAGACUGAAGGACUAUUGAAACUUCCAACUGACAAUGCCUUAUUGGAUGAUCCUGCUUUCCGACCUUUUGUUGAUCUGUAUGCAAAGGACGAGGAUGCGUUCUUCAAGGACUACGCAGCGGCACACAAAAGACUCUCCGAGCUAGGCUUCACUCCAGGUCCAGGCUCUUCGGCCUCCACGGUCAUGCCCUUAGACGGCAUCGUACUGGCUCAAAGCGCCGUCGGAGUAGCUGUUGCUGCUGCGGUGGUGAUCUUCAGCUACCUGUACGAAGUCCGCAAGAGAGCCUAAUUAAGCAGGCCCGGCCCAGUCCAGCCCAUCUCUGGAAAUAUUUAGCCCAAUUAGAACAAGCCUUUUCCAUUACCUGAUACACGUGACCAAAAUAAACUCCGUACCCUUUUCAAUACCAUGUUAGAGAGUGAUAUAAGAUCCAGCAUAACCUUCUCCCAACAACUCGAGUUAUUGGGAGCAACUGGUUCAUGACAUGGUAUCAGAGCCUAGAACCGAAAGGUUAUGUGUUCGAAUCUCUUCCACCAAACCGGACCCCAUGUGACUGAAAAGUGAAAACGCAAGUCUUUCUGCCCCUCUCGCUUCCUUUCGGAAUCAUUACCGUAAUGGUAGUUCUUAUGGAGAAACCUCCUAACAAAGCAUAAAUCGGUAGGCGAUUUUGUAGUGUUAUGAAACGCUUGAACCAUGGUUAAACUAUGGUUCAGCAUAAAAAAUUUACCGCAUAUUUUUUUUUUCCAUGCUACCUCUAUUACGGUUUCACAUUAUUGUUAGUUAACAUUCGUUAAAUACUCAUUACAAUAACCACAUACAUGCUAAACGCAUUAAUGAAACAGAGCAUUACAACGACCGCACACAUGCUGAACGCAUUAAGAACACCUGUUUCCGUAAUAUUUUGGAGUCUUUAGCUUAUUUUCUUGUUUGAUGCUUCACGAACUAUACACAUAAAACAUUUUCACAAGUAUUUGGAUCGGACUGAUAAUUCAAUAUAUAUAUAUAUUUUUAUAUUCAUGUUCACUUCAAAUCGUAAAUUACUAAUUAUAUUAUAAACUGAUGUCAUAGUUUUAAAUGUAGUAUUACGUUAAAACUCCCGUCGCCUUCACCUUGCGAAAUCUUAUACAUCAGUUUUCAUUUAAAGCGCGGUAGGGUGGAAGGAAGGUGGUGGUGCUGAAUUUGUUUGUGGCCAUUCUUACCUGGUUUUAGUUACAACGAUUUAAUGCCCUUUUCCGAACCAUUUUGGGACAGGUUUGGUAGCUCAAAGUUUAGAUUGGUAUACGCGCACUCACCUGUUUUAGCCUUUAGGUCUUCCUUUUUUUCUUUUUCCCGGCCCAUUCCUUUCUACUUCUUGGUUGGUUUCUGGGAUUUAAAUGCGCGCAGGCAGGCGUCGGUGUGUCUCCUCCUAACUCUCCACUUUAUUAACCAUUAAAAACGUGAGGUUCCUGUUCCUUUCCCCUACCAGAACAGAACUGCAUUAUUGGAUGUACAACGUGUAGAUUGAGAUUUCACCACUUUUUUACUCGUACAAGAGGAGGUUUCUUAGAUGUGUGUAUUUCUGCUGGUUCAUGAUCUGUUCAUCCAUUUUUUUCGGUCCCGAUUCGGGCUUCGGUUGGUGAGAUCUAGCUAUGUAUAGAGGUGAAGAUGGUACCUGACAUAUGUAUAGAAAAUCUUAGAUUGAUUGAUGAUCAAAAGACAUUUCGUGCUGUACAGAAACGAUGAAGAAAUGACUGGGAGACGAGCUACAAGAGAACGAGGACGCGAAGCGAAAGCGAAUGAAUCUGACAACCCUUAAAGGGUUGUCACCGUAUCCCGUUCCAGUAUAUGGCUUAUAUGUAUGGACACAGUUCAACUGCCUCGGCUACAGUUGGAGGUAAAAUAAAUUGUGAGCCAAUCCUAAUCCAAGGAAUGUCCAAUUAUUUGGUCCAUCCGUUUCUGUGAGUUCUGAUUGGGUUUUUGGAUCUGGAUACGGAUCCCCCACAUCUGCAGAUUUACAGCUUCCUUGAAUAAUAAUAAUAAUAAUAAUAAUAAUAAUAAUAAUAAUAAUAAUAAUAAUAAUAAGUCAAGAACAGUCCAUUCUAUAAUAUAAUAAAAUAACUAUAGGUGGACAGCUAGCCCAGGCACAACCAACCAUUUUCUGUUCUAUAAGGAUUAUUAUGGUAUGUAAGCUUUUCUCCGUGUCCAGUUUUGUUAACGUACAAUUCACUUUCGGGUUAUUCGAAUUUUUAAUCCGACCGAGUUCUCAAAAUUCGAGCUAAAAAUAUACGCUCUCUAUGUUGAUCGAAUUAAAAAUCUUGUUUUUAUCAAAUAACAUGACUCGAACACAUCAAGCGUGUCGUACGAAAGUCGGUAAACCGGAUAUGCAACUCGUGGUCUACAAAUUUACCAAAACAUCCCUAUAAACCGGGUAUGAGAAAAACAAAACAGGAUUGGAGAAGAAGGAGAGGGAUUAUCCAGAAACGUGGGCCAGUGAGGAUGGGCUGGGGGUCCUUUUUAAGGAAAUGGAAAAGAAAGAGAUGACAGCCCAACCCCAAAGGUGGGGAAAUGACGGGUACCUCAAUAUUUAUACUCGUUUUGUAUUAAAUGUGGGUAACGUAAAUCAUAUAAGGGCGCUAGUGCGGAUUGGAACUAGUCUUAUACAUUAUUUUAAAAAAAAUAUUUUUUUAAUUAUAAAACAAUGAGUAGUAGAGAUAAUAAAUAGCUGAAUUAACUCCAGUUAGUUGAAAGAUGAAGGACUACACUUAUCUAAACUAUCAUUGGGUGAAUAUAUGAUUUAAAAUAAGUAAGGAACGGGAAGUGACGGGAUAGUACGAAAGUGAUACCCAUUCUCCGUUUCACGCUACUGCAUCAAGUAAUGUACAUCCCGACACGAAUCAGGUCGAGUAAUACAAGACGGAGCCGAUUCGAAUUGCAACUACUAAAGGUUGGUAGGUAGGUCAAGAUUUUAUUGUAUUUGCACCUCUCUCUCUAGUCUCUAGUCUCUACCAAUAAUACCAUACAUAUAUACUACUACUAGCCUACUAGCAACAGCCUGUUUUCUUGAUCUCGUCGUGUGUUGAUGGUUUCAGAUACCUAAGCACAUUAUGAUUUACCAAAAACAAAGAUUAUACGUAUACCUAAGCACAUGACUUCCACGUGCUUCCUUACCAAAUUUCCCAGCCCCAUCAAUGGAGGAUGCAUAAUUGAUUCAAUUUGAUUGAUGCAAGAAAUAUGUUCAAAACGUUUUUUUAGAAACUUUCAGAGUGUAAAUGGGAAAAUGGAAAUCACCUGUUAAUAAGAUUGUAAUCAGGAUGGUUGUGAGACGUCGAAAAUAUCGCAUAACCUAAGACGGCAUAGAUGGAGUAUAUUGUCUUUAAUUCAACUCUAGUGAACCAUACCAAGUUUUGGAUUGAACCAUACAACCUCACCAGCUUGAUAUCCAAUAGUACUGAGUUCACAAUUCAUAGUAAAAAUCUCGAAGGUAAUUAGUUAAUAAUUAGCAGAAAAACUUAAGCAAAACAUCUAUUCUCGCACAAAGACAUUUGUUUGCUUUUGUCGCAAGAACAAAUGCGGCAAGAUACGUUUAGUUUUUGUACAUAUACAAUAUACGGUUGAUACCAUACCCAACCAAACCAUCAUCUCUAUAUGUCCAUUCCCACAAUUAAUAACUCUCAUUUUCUACUUGGCUCGAUGCAAAAGAAAAACCUCUCCUUUUCUCUCAUUUUCGACAACAACCUCUUUCCCAUCCCAUGAUCUCCCCCUCUACCAUCCACUUGAAUUUCAUGAUGAGCGAGAAAGAGAUAGAUAGAUAGAGAGAGAGAGAGAGAGAGAGAGAGAGAGAGAGAGAGAGAGACCUUCUCCUCCCUCCAUAACCAUAACCAUGUGUGGUGGUGGGUAACAACAAUGUGCUAGCUAGGCCGAUUGACAUGGAGUUAGGGAUUGGAAAGGUUAAUUCGCUCUUUUUUUCCUUCAUGUUUUUGUUUUUGGGUUCUUAAUGAUCCAUCUAUCUCUCUCUCUCUCUCUUUCCCUUUCUUUCCCUCCCAUUAGUUGUCAUACUUUCAAGCCUUCGAAUCGCUUUCAAGGUGGUGCAACUCAUCGUCUCAUCACGCUAAUGCACUAAAUGUUAUGUACCAACUUCAUUUCUGAAAAUGCGCCACGCAAAAUCGACAUUUGUUCUUAGUGAUUCGUCAUACGAUCAGAAUAUAAGCAUCGAUGAUGUAUUCUUGGUUGUAUGAGUUCGUUUGAAUGCCUCAAAAUAUACGAUAACAAGAUGUAUCUAACAGCAUGUUAAUAAUAUAAUAUAUACGAUUACAAACCGUCUAUUUGAAUAGAAACCUAAACACAUAUAUACCUUCAAGUAAUGGAUUGCAAAACUAUAUAAAAAAAAAACAAAGUGAAGUGGAAGGUGAACCUAAGCCCAUAAAUUAACUAUAACCACAACCUUCAUUCAUUCAUAUCUCCUAGCUUCUCCCUUCCCUUUUCAUUAUUAUGUAGUCAUCUAUCUAACUCCACUCCACCCCACCCCAUCCCUUUCUCUCUCCAUCCCAAUCUAAAGCCCAACCUCCAACCCAUCUAGAAGCCCUCUCUUUCAUGCAUGAUGGUGCAAUAUAGCACCAAUAGAAGAAUAAAGAUUAAUAAAAGAGCAACAACUACCAUAUGCACAAAUUCUAUGCACAAACAAAAUAACAUGUAACCAUCCUUUUGUUUUUACAAAAUUUCUUUUCUUUUUUCUUUCCCUUUUUCCAUUGGCAUUUUCCCCACAUCUCAACUAACUUUACCAUAAAUACACCACCACCACCCUCCCUAAAAUUUUCAAACCCAACUAAUUAAGUAUGAUUUAACCCUUCAUUAUCAUUGUUAUUAUUAUGUUAAACCUUCACCAAGCACCAGCAAUCCUCAAUCAACUUGAGUACCCUUUUGAAUACCUGCAUACAAACAAAAGGGAGAAGGGGGGAAUUGAACAGAACCCUAGCACAGAAAUGACACCCUGAAAUUCUCUUCUCUGUCACCAAACACAUGUACUUUUGUUAUUCAUGAAGACUGGACAAAUUGGAUCACUACAAGAGACAAAUGCCGGUGGAUUGAUUUUGUUUAGUUAAGAAAUGUCUCGUCGAGAGGGAGGAUCAUUUUACCAUUAUGUUCAGUGGUUGUACGGACAUUGUCAGCAGUAAGAUAUCUUAUUCGAAUCUCAUCAUCGUCGUUGUAAAGAAUACCGCUAGCUUAUAACAGGUAGGGGGGAAGGGGGGCAACUAAGUAAAAUAAUCAUGAUAAUGGGAUCCCAAAAUGAGAAGGUGAAAAGGGGCCCAGAUUGGUUGGUUGGUUGGGAGCUUGGAGCAGAUUGACCAUGGUGUGAGUGAGUUUUUGUUUACCUAAACACAGAGUAAUUGGUUUUGUUUUUGUUGUUCUCUAACUAUAGGAGAGAACUCCAGUUAUAAAGCUAACCAAAGUAUAGUAGCUAGCCACCAUAGUUACAACCGGUAGCAAGCAAGUAGCAGAAUUGCUUGACUGGAAAGAGAGGUUAGAAUAUACUCGAACUUUGUGAGAUCGAAGAGUGGAUUUUUUGACGUCACUAAUUGAGUGUUGGGGAUGACAUCGGUGAAUGUGAGAGAAGGUUUUCAUCACAUCUUGGACUGCAAACGAGUCGAGUUUUUUCUUAGGUUGAACUCGGCUCUUUUGUAAAUUUUUCAUCUUGAGCUCGGUUCGAACUCAAAUUUUGAUAAUCCAGCUCGAGCUCGACUCGGUAGACCUCGGUAACUGAGUACAAGCUCGGUUUAAGAUGAGUUCGAUCUGCAAUCAUUCUUGCUGAAAAAUGUGAACAAAUGAAUUUAAAUGAUAAAAAGAACACUAGGAACUGAAAAUAAUAAUUAACUUCCAUACACAUCCGUAUUAACAAGAUAAUGUUCAUGUUCAAAAGAGUAAUUAAUCCUUCUACUGAGUCGUGAGCUUAGAUCAAUAAGCCACCGAGUCAAGCUAGCUCACGAGCUUAUCAAGUUAAGCAUGGUCUAGCUCAAACUUGACUCGUUUACUAACAAGCCGAGUGUCGAACGAAUUUUUCCCCGAUUCGAACGCUAAAUUGCUCGCGAGCGGGUUGGCUCAUUUGCAGCCCUAAUCUCAUCAUCCAAUUGACCUUCUAGCUCCAUCCACAAAACAAGAAGUAGAACUACGAUUAGGAAAUGGAAAGAUUUUGCUAAAAAAAAAGAAUAUGCCCU